AUGGAUCCCCCGCGCAAACGCCUGGCUAGGGACUACCAGUUCGGUACCCGCAUCGGCGAGGGCCUGUACUCGACGGUGUACCUGGCGGUGGACAUCCACUCCAAGAAGACCUACGCCGUCAAGAUCUUGUCUAAACGACACAUCGUCAAGGAGGACAAGAUCAAGUACGUCAACAUCGAGAAAACCACGUUGCACCGGUUGGGCCAGCAGCACCCCGGUAUCGUCCAGUUGUUCUACACGUUCCAGGACGAAAACUCGUUGUUUUUCGUGCUUGACUUUGCCGAGUACGGCGAGCUCUUGCUGAUGAUCCGCAAGCUUGGCCUGUUGCUGGAGCCCCUCGCCAAGUUCUACAUUUGCCAAAUUGUUGACGCUGUUAAAUUUAUCCAUUCUAAAGGUGUUAUCCACCGCGAUUUGAAGCCAGAGAAUAUUCUUGUUGGUCACGACUUCAACCUCAAAAUCACAGACUUCGGUGCGGCCAAGUUAUUGGAACUGGAAGCACAAGACGACAGUGACCACGUGAAUUACGAUCUGAUCGAAGGCACCCCACCUAAACAGGAUGAAUCUAACCGUCGUGGCUCGUUUGUCGGCACCGCCGAGUACGUCGCCCCCGAGCUCCUCAAAUACAACGAGUGCGGGUUUGAGCUGGACGUGUGGGCGAUCGGAUGCAUUCUCUACCAAUUCUUCUGUGGCACGCCUGCGUUCAAGGCGGAAACCGAAUACCUCACCUUUGAGAAGAUCAUCUCGGGUAAGUUUACUUAUACCACCCAAUUGCCUCCUGACGUCACUUUCCUCAUAGACCAUAUCCUCGUGGAAGACAUCAACUAUCGCUACACUAUCGAACAAAUUCAACUGGCACAGUGGUUCCUGGACGUGAAAUGGGAACCUAACUACAUCUGGGGGCGCAAGGUGCCGAGGUUCGAACUGUAUAACAGUCCCUCGGGUCAGCCGUACGUGCCCACCAUCAAGACCGGCCGUAACGUCAACAAGCUGAAUCUGUACCACACCUUGCACAGUCAGAUAAAACAAAGCGACAUCUACGUUCCCCUGGUGGGUUCACAAAAGAAGUGGCAACAGCAGUCACGUGGCGGCUACCUCAAGAUUCCUCCCAGUCAACAGCCAGGAGCACUGCCCAUGCAGCAGACAUCGCCUGCCGGAGGGCCGACACCGCCCCCGACUCCGCCACAACAACAACAACCACAGCCGGCGGCAGCAGCGCGCGCUAUGGCGACAGCAGCACAGCCACGUCCUGUGAGUCAGGUGAUGCCCCCCGCCAGUCAAGCGUUUGGGGCGAUGGCAGCUGCCGCUAGCGCUAACGGGUCGCGUUACUAUGGGGCUGGUCCCGGAGGCCUGGUGCCUCAACCGAUGGCGAGAUCUCCCGCAGCGAAGCCCCGAGCCGGGGGCAUGCCCAUGCCUCAAAUGGGAGUACCGCAUGCCCACGGACCUAAACCAAUGGCUCCACAAUGGCAAGGACAAUUAGCACCUUCUGCUCCGAUUAACGACCAACUCAAACCUCAGCCGAUGCAAUAUCAACGACAAGGCCCUUAUGCUCAGCACGGUACCACUAACUUUGCUGCUGCCGCCGCCGCCGCUCGAGGCCAAGCAAAUGUGGCCAACUCUCAGGCAACUCAAGCAAAUCAGCCAACCCAGCCAACGCAGCAGGUCCAGCAAGUCCAGCCAGUGCAGCAGGUCCAGCCAACGCAUACUUCCCAACCACAGCAAGUGCCGCAACCAACUAAACAACAAAACAAGUCCAUGUCGACCACGCCCACAGAAAACCCUACAACUCCCAAAACCGCAGCACCCACAACAAUGAAACCGACCACCUCUGCAACCACUGCUGCUGCUGCUGCUGCUGCUACGCCUCGCAAUGGUUCAGCAAAGCCGUCGUCUCCACCACCCACCACCAUUCGAUACGCGGAAAUUGUGCUGCUUCUUGACCCCGAGGAAAAGAUCCUCAAGCUCGACACCAUUUUCAAGUCUCAUCUUAGAAACCUGGUGAUUCAUCGUGAUGUCAACAUUGAGCUUGACGAUGUGUCAAUUGAACAACUCGUUAACAAGCACGACAAACUUUUGGCACAAGAGCAGGUGCUGGUGGUGGCAGUGAUCACCAAUAAGGCGCGGGUGUUCUUCAUUGACUCCCAAUUGAACGUUAUGCUUGUCGACCUCAAAGCCAACUACGGUGCCGACUACUCAAUGUAUGACUACGAUUUCGAAUACGUUGAGGACGAUCCUGAUCUGAGGGGUGAAGGGUACCUUAUCCUCGAGUUGAUCAAGGAAGGAGGCGACUUGGUGUUCCUACAACGCAACACCGUCGCCAACCAAAUGCUGCAACUUCAAUUGCAACCGAAUAAGGUGCAAGUUGUCGAUGGGACCAAUGUGGUGAAGCGCGGGGCGUCGAAGCUGUGGAUUGAAAGUUUGCUCACGGCGAAAGACCUUGUGGCCCAGGAGAUCAAGUCCCCGACCAUUCCUCAACAGCCGCAACGGACCCCUACGCCGCCUUCAACGGUAACAUCGCCACCCUCCGCGAGCUUGGGCCAACGGGUAAAGCGACUGGUGCUUCCCAAGCAACGGACACCAUCACCUCAGACGAAGCCAGCACCUAAGUCCAAUCCUUUCAAGCCAAAAUCGGUAGCGGCGUCGGCGGCCCUGUCGUCGUCAAAGAAGGCCCGUCCUCCUCAAUCGAGAACCGCGUCGUCGCUGGCAGCAUCGAUGGCUUUCGCUGCUGCCGCUGCCGCCCAUAAAUAA